GAUGUCUAAUUUAAAGAGAAUAGCUGAUGAGGAACGCGAAUCAAAAUUCGGCUAUGUAUUUGCCGUGUCAGGACCAGUCGUUACGGCAGAACGAAUGGCUGGAUCUGCUAUGUACGAGUUGGUUCGAGUAGGAUACUAUGAACUUGUAGGAGAAAUUAUUCGUUUGGAAGGUGACAUGGCUACAAUUCAAGUAUAUGAGGAGACAUCAGGUGUAACUGUUGGAGAUCCCGUCUUGAGAACUGGCAAGCCUCUUUCCGUUGAGUUGGGUCCAGGUAUUAUGGGAAGUAUUUUUGACGGUAUUCAGCGUCCAUUGAAGGAUAUUAACGAAUUGACUCAGUCAAUUUAUAUCCCAAAGGGUAUCAACACUCCAUCUCUUUCGCGUACACAAUCAUGGGAUUUUAAUCCAUUGAAUGUAAAGGUUGGAUCACAUAUUACUGGAGGUGAUUUGUAUGGUGUUGUUCACGAAAAUACUUUAGUCAAGCACAAAUUGAUUGUUCCACCAAGAGCAAAGGGAACCAUUAGAUAUAUUGCACCACCUGGAAAUUAUACAGUCGAGGAUAUUAUUCUCGAGACGGAAUUCGAUGGAGAAAUCAAUAAAUAUAGUAUGUUGCAAGUAUGGCCUGUACGUCAACCACGUCCAGUAACUGAGAAAUUGCCAGCAAAUCAUCCACUCUUAACUGGUCAACGUGUAUUGGAUUCAUUGUUCCCUUGUGUACAAGGAGGAACUACUGCAAUUCCUGGAGCUUUCGGAUGUGGAAAGACUGUCAUUUCACAAGCAUUGUCUAAAUAUUCCAACUCGGAUGUCAUCGUUUAUGUCGGUUGUGGAGAACGUGGUAAUGAAAUGUCUGAAGUACUUCGUGAUUUCCCCGAAUUGUCUGUUGAAAUUGAAGGUGUUACUGAAUCAAUUAUGAAACGUACAGCAUUGGUUGCAAAUACAUCAAACAUGCCUGUCGCUGCUCGUGAAGCUUCCAUUUAUACUGGUAUUACAUUGUCUGAAUAUUUCCGUGAUAUGGGUUAUAAUGUCUCUAUGAUGGCUGACUCAACAUCUCGUUGGGCUGAAGCUUUGCGUGAAAUCUCAGGUCGUCUUGCUGAGAUGCCUGCCGAUUCUGGUUAUCCUGCAUAUUUGGGUGCUCGUCUUGCCUCUUUCUAUGAACGUGCUGGUCGCGUUAAAUGUCUCGGUAAUCCAGAACGUGAAGGUUCCGUCUCAAUUGUUGGUGCUGUAUCUCCUCCCGGUGGUGACUUCUCAGAUCCCGUUACAUCUGCAACUUUGGGUAUCGUUCAAGUCUUCUGGGGAUUGGAUAAGAAAUUGGCACAACGUAAGCACUUCCCAUCUAUCAACUGGCUCAUUUCAUACAGUAAAUACAUGCGCGCCCUCGAUGACUUCUAUGACAAAAACUUCCAGGAAUUCGUGCCAUUACGUACAAAGGUCAAGGAAAUCCUUCAAGAAGAAGAAGAUUUGUCAGAAAUUGUACAGCUCGUAGGUAAAGCAUCGUUGGCUGAAACUGAUAAGAUUACAUUGGAAGUAGCAAAAUUAUUAAAAGACGAUUUCUUGCAACAAAACUCCUAUUCAUCAUACGAUCGAUUCUGUCCAUUCUACAAGACAGUCGGUAUGUUAAGGAACAUUAUUGCAUUCUACGAUAUGUCACGCCAUGCUGUCGAAUCAACAGCUCAAUCAGAAAACAAAAUCACAUGGAACAUUAUUCGUGAUGCUAUGGGUAACCAGCUUUACCAACUUUCCUCAAUGAAAUUCAAAGAUCCAGUUAAAGACGGUGAGGCAAAGAUUAAAGCCGAUUUCGAUCAGUUGCACGAAGAAUUACAACAAGCUUUCCGUAACUUAGAGGAUUAAAAAUAUAUAAUGUGUAAAUUUAUUUCGACAUUGACAUGUCAUUGGUUUGUGCUUGAAGGAAGAAAAUUCACAAAAUUGUUAACAUACAAAACCAAAUUUAUUUAAAAUCUAUGUACUUUAAAUUAAAAGUUAAUUUUAUCAUUCCAUAUCGUAGGUCUUGUGCAAUCAGCAGAAUUUGUUGAAAUUCUUUUAAAGAAUCCUUAUUUUGAGUGUAAAAAUUAGCGAGUCAAAAUUAAAGCAUUAUAAUCCUUAAAAAACUAAUUCCAGUAUUAAAAUGAAAAUUAUAUUGACGAGAGAAUAAAUGUAGUUAAAUACUAUUAACAACAAUAUUAUAAUGUUAAUGAGUAUUGAUGAGUAUAGGAAAUAUGAACGAAAAUGUAAUUGAAAUGGGAUCGUGAAUAAAAUAAAUUAAAGUCAUUAUUAACG